UCCACUACAAGAAAGCAGUGACUAACAAAUAUGCAUGUAUUUCUAUUUCCUGCCAGAUCUGACCCACCACUCAGUAACAUACAAUAUGGUCUUUACCAUGUUUCUCAAGAAUUGCUCACCUCUAGCUUAGAAAUUACAAUAAAAACUCUAUUCAACCAACAAAAUGUCCAUUGUUAAUAAUGUUAGGUUAAGGUCUAUCCAUCACAGAAGAGCCUGGCAAGCUCCCUGUGGCGUAUUUGAUAUGCCAAAUAGAGCAACAAUAACAGCUCUCAUUCCCCUGACCCUGAAAAGAGCCUCCAGUCAUUGGGAAAAAUGAGUAAGGAGAAUCUGCUAAAAUCUCAGGGCUGGGACGAAUGUAGACGUUACUGGUGCUCAGUCGACUAAAUCGAUGAACAACGGGAUGACAGUGAUACAGUGAAGGUCUAUCCAUAAUUGGCCAAAGCACUCUAAUGAACCAGUAAGAGGCAAAAAACAAAGGAAGGAAAAAUCAGAACUAAGCAGCAAUAACUAACCCUAAGUUCUAAAGACAACUUAAGGAGACCUGGCAGCCGACGUGCUUCGGCGGUACCUCGCGCAGUAGAGUCGCCCGGAGGCGAAGAACAGCAGAGAACCAUGGCGGCUCUCGUGUCUGCGGCUGCGAUGCGGUCCCGGAUCCUGCAGAUUUCUUCCAAGGUGAACUCCGCUUGGUACCCAGCAUCUUCCUUCUCUUCUUCAGUGUCAACGGUCAAGCUCUUCAUCGAUGGGAAAUUUGUUGACUCCAAAAGUGACAAAUGGAUUGACAUCCACAAUCCAGCCACCAAUGAGGUCAUUGGUCGGGUUCCUCAGGCCACCAAGGCUGAAAUGGAUGCAGCCGUUGCAUCCUGCAAACGUGCAUUUCCCGCAUGGGCAGACACUUCAAUAUUAAGCCGUCAGCAGCUCCUGCUCCGCUAUCAGCAACUUAUUAAAGAUAACUUGAAAGAAAUUGCCAGGUUAAUCACGUUGGAACAAGGGAAGACCCUCGAAGAUGCUGAAGGAGAUGUAUUUCGAGGCCUUCAGGUGGUUGAACAUGCAUGCAGCGUGACAUACCUCAUGCUGGGAGAAACCAUGCCAUCCAUCACUAAAGACAUGGACCUUUAUCCUCUGGGAGUAUGUGCAGGCAUCGCCCCCUUCAAUUUUCCGGCCACGAUCCCCCUGUGGAUGUUCCCCAUGGCCACGGUGUGUGGGAAUACCUUCCUGAUGAAGCCAUCGGAGAGAGUCCCUGGAGCAACUAUGUUUCUUGCUAAGUUGCUCCAGGAUGCUGGUGCCCCUGAGGGAACACUGAACAUCAUUCUCGGACAACAUGAUGCUGUAAAUUUUAUCUGUGAUCAUCCGGGUAUCAAAGCAAUCAGCUCUGUAGGCUCCAACCAGGCAGGAGAGUACAUCUUUGAGAAACGGUCGAAACAUGGCAAGAGAGUUCAAGCCAACAUGGGAGCCAAGAACCAUGGCGUAGUCAUGCCUGAUGCCAAUAAGGAAAAUACUUUGAAUCAGCUGGUUGGGGCAGCUUUCGGAGCUGCUGGCCAGCGUUGCAUGGCUCUUUCCACGGCAAUCCUGGUGGGACAAGCUAAGAAAUGGCUGCCUGACUUAGUGGAACGUGCCAAAAACUUGAAAGUCAAUGCAGGAGACCAGCCUGGAGCAGAUCUAGGCCCUCUGAUCACUCCGCGGGCCAAAGAGCGAGUCUGUAAUCUGAUUGAUAGUGCAACAAAGGAGGGAGCUUCCCUUCUUCUUGAUGGUCGAAAAAUUAAAGUCAAAGGCUAUGAAAAUGGCAACUUUGUUGGCCCAACCAUUAUCUCAAAAGUCAAGCCAAAUAUGACCUGUUAGAAAGAGGAGAUUUUUGGUCCAGUGCUUAUGGUUCUGGAAACAGAAACUCUGGAUGAAACCAUCAAGAUUGUGAAUGACAACCCGUAUGGGAACCGAACGGCCAUCUUCACCACCAACGGGGCCACCGCUCGGAAAUACUCACACCUGGUAGAUGUAGGACAGGUGGGUGUGAAUGUCCCCAUUCCAGUGCCUUUGCCAAUGUUCUCAUUCACUGGCUCUCGCUCUUCGUUCAGAGGCGACACCAAUUUUUAUGGCAAACAGGGCAUCCAGUUCUAUACUCAGCUAAAGACAAUCACUUCUCAGUGGAAAGAAGAGGAUGCUACUCUUUCCUCACCUGCUGUCGUCAUGCCUACCAUGGGCUGUUAGGAGCAAGAUAGAUCCAGACUCAAUCCAUCCUGAGUGUUCUCCUGUACUCUUCAUUUGCCAACUUUGCACAAAUCAGAUUCCUGAGAUCAGAGUAUCUUAUAACUAAAAUCUUUCUCAGGACCAUUAGUCCCUGCAAAGUUGCUCAAGGGAGACACCCAGUAUAACUUUGAUAUCAGAUUUUCCCUUGUUCUUUCUUUUUCUUCUUCUUUUUUUUUUUUAGGGUAAUAAUUAUAACAGUGAAAUGCUUAUCUGGAAUGAGAACUUAAACCUGUUUUCUAAAAGUUCUCCUCUCUUCUGUUACCUUGGAGGAAGGGAAGAUUGGUAGACAUAAAAGAACUUCCAACAGUUGGAAGAGGACCUCAAUAUGAGGAACUGUAUUUUGGUCAACCCACAAACACAGUCCUACAUAAGUGCCGGUGGGAGAGAGCCCUCGUGCUAACCCUUCCCGAGUUGCUCAUUUAUCCCAUAGUACACAGAAUUCAUGUCCACUUAUCCCAAAUGGGACAACUGCUUCUCUCUCCUGCUGAAUGCCACUUUGUCUUAAUGUUUCAUGACCACUGAUAUGCCUCUGUUGUUGUACCUGCUACUCAAGGAUACAUACCUCAGUCUGCGCUGGUAAACAGCUUUUUAUGUGUGUGUGCCAAGGGUUACAUUUCAGAUUUGAUGAACAAGUAAUAAUUCAGAUGCACAUAGGGAUUUCUUUUUCUCUUUUCCUGGAAAACUAUUUCAAACUUUAUUUCAGGCCUAUACACCUAAGGGUGUUUCAGCCAUCAGAGUGGGCAAGUAUCUUGUCUUCCUCAAGUCUAACCAAAACAUUACUUGCUGGAUUUUUUAUGUUCCUCCUCCUGCCUGCAUUUCUCCUUAGUGAUAUUUUUUAAAUUAUCACUAAGAAUUCUAUGAAAGAAUGUUUAAUGUACAGUAAUCCUUUAGGUUCUAAGAAAAUUCAAAACUUUAGCAUAAAGUAGUUAAAAUGAAAUUCUUUGGCAGGUUCUUCUGUCAAGAAUUCAACUGUCUUUAUGCCUUUUAUUUCAUUGGUACAGCUAAACAAUAAUUCACAAUAGAACUCGAUGUGCUAAGCAAAAUAGAUUCUCUCCCCUUGUCCCACCUGUCUUUCUGCUUUUACUCAGUGAUAUAGGAGAAGAAGCCUACUGGCUCCAAGAGUCAACUCAGGCCCUCAGCCAGAGGACACAGAUCAUUCAUUUUUCUGUUUCUUUAUUAGUUAUGCAGAUAAUGCUAACUUACUCCAUGGGGGUUAUUCAGUGAAUCAAGAAUAGUGAAAAUUAUGAAAACAUCUGUGCACUCUGUGGAUUUUAGGCUGAUUGUUACCACCUGAUGGAUAGAAUUCAGAAUUAUCAAUGAAGUGACUGGAACGCUAAUAAAAUAUAUUUAUGACUCUUCUAAAAAAAAAUUAAAAAAUAAAUAAAGACAACUUAAAUCAUCAGAGCUAUAAUUCACAGGGACAUGAUCAAGGGAAGCAAUAAAGCACUCUUCAUAAACAGAAGUAAGCCCUGAGCACCCCCCAAAAAACUGGCGCCUGGCUCUAAUAACCAGACAUUCUGAUUAUGAUAAUUUAACACAGGAAAAACCUAAGCUUCAGUAGUUCGAUUAUUUUCAGACUGAUUCUAACAUGCAAGAGGUUAAUAAUCGCU